UCAGAGUUUGGUGUUUGUGUGACGUCAGUGUCAGCUGGUCAAUGUUUACGUCCAGAAUUGUGGCGACAUCUAUUGAAUGUUUAUGGGGGAAAACGAGAAGGUAACAACAUCUUUUUUCGAAAUACAAUUGACACUAUAAAGCAGUGUCAAUUAACCGUCACAUCCAUAAGAGCGCUUCGUUGACGACAUCAACAGAGACAAAGUCCGUGAGGAUGGGAGGAGCUGUGAGUGCGGGGGAGGACAACGAUGAACUGAUUGACAACCUGAAGGAGGCUCAGUACAUCCGCUCGGACCUGGUGGAGCAGGCCUUUAGGGCCAUCGACAGGGCCGACUACUAUCUGGAAGAGUUCAGAGACAGUGCCUACAAGGACCUGGCCUGGAGGCACGGCAACAUCCACCUCUCAGCACCCUGCAUCUACUCCGAGGUGAUGGAGGCCUUGGAUCUCCAGCCUGGCCUGUCCUUCCUCAAUCUGGGCAGUGGUACGGGCUACCUCAGCACUAUGGUGGGACUCAUACUGGGUCCAUUUGGAGUGAACCAUGGGGUGGAGCUGCACCAAGAUGUCAUUGAGUAUGCAUACCAGAAACUGGAGUUUUUCAUCAAGACCAGCGACAGCUUCGACAGGUUUGAGUUCUGUGAGCCCUGCUUCGUGAUGGGGAACUGUCUGGAGAUAGCCCCAGAGAGUGGUCCGUAUGACCGGGUGUAUUGUGGAGCUGGGGUGCAGCGGGAGCAGGAAGACUACAUGAAGAACCUGCUCAAAGUGGAGGGAAUCCUAGUGCUGCCAUUGGAGGAGAAGUUGACCAAGAUCACUCGAACAGGCUACAACAGCUGGGAGACCAAAAACAUAAUUGCCGUGUCCUUUGCCCCACUGGUGUUGCCCAAACACAGAGACAACAGUAAACCCAAAGCAGUGCCUUUACCGACCAUGUUUGAGGUGCGGACUCUGCAGGACUUGGCUCGCAUCUUUAUCCGUCUGACGUUAAAGAAGACAGUGGUGGGGCCAGGGCCAGGGCCGUUGCCCAGGGGGUUGGCCCACAACGGGGAGCGGCUCCGGCAGGCCCAACACUGUGGCUCCACCCUGCUCUCCAACCGCUACGUAUUCAUGAGCCGCCUCAUCCCCGGGCCGAUGGACGACGACAACAACCGCUCAGACGCAGAAGAGGAGGAAGAAGAAGGGAACUGCAGGAUUCGAGGAGAACCUGAGGAAGAGGAGCAGGAGGAAGAGGGGGAGGAGAGUAGGGAGGGCGGUGCCCUUCUACAUGAGGCUCCAGUGAACCUGCUUAGAGAAAGGAUCCUGAGCCUGCCGCUCCCUGAGCCUCUGAAGAUGUACAUGCUCCACUACAGAGAGAAGUAGGGAGGUACAGGAGACAAGAAGCUGUGCUCCCAUUCUCUAACUUGUUCCCAUCCCUAUGCUCUUGAUUCCCCUUUCUGGAUACAAAAGUAAUUAAUGUGUAAGAAAUAGGCUGAUCACUCCACAGGAAUGGCUAAAAUGAGUUCCCAUCCGAAUUCAAAAUGUAAGCCCUAGAAACUUCAUGUUGAAGUGAAUAACUAGAAGAAUUGGAUAAGUAGAAGCAAUAUGGUAAUAGCUCCAUCUCCCCCUUCCCCGAUAGCCCAGGUACGCCUAUCUAAUCUACAGAGGUGCCUGAGGGGUAGAGGUCGAGGUUGGAAAAACAAGGAUUUAGGGAUUGGGAGCAUCCUUAGGGUCACCCCUACCCCCAGAAGCCCUCACCACCACCACCAGCCCCCUAGGACUAUUCCAACAACCCCUCUGAACACUAGAAAACUAGUCUCAUCCCACUCAAUGCCCCACCCAUGAACUUUAUCUCCCCCUCUUUUGGGGUAUCUUGUCUCAUGCCUGACACUGGCACCCAGUCUCGAAGACCUUCUUUCCUCCCUCUUUGAAUUUUGUAAAUGUGAUUUUUCUGAGAAUGAUGAUUUUGUCUGUGACCGAACAAUUCAGGGGAGCUUUUGAGAUCAACUUACAAGAACUGAAAGCCCCAAAUGGUGUGGAAACAUUUGCUCAUUCUGUGUUCACAUCUGUAAGAUCUUCUCUGCAUUGAAUAUACUUGUUGAGAGCAGGGGUGAAAAAUAAAAGUAAUUUAACUGAAGAGA